AGGCUAGUCCUAAGCAGGCCCAGCUCCAGCCCAGCUGCCCACUCCCACCACCAUGUCUCUGACCAAGACCGAGAGGACCAUCAUUGUGUCCAUGUGGGGCAAGAUCUCCACGCAGGCUGACCCCAUUGGCACUGAGACCCUGGAGAGGCUCUUCCUCAGCUACCCGCAGACUAAGACCUACUUCCCGCACUUCGACCUGCACGCGGGGUCGGCGCAGCUGCGUGCGCACGGCUCAAAGGUGGUGGCCGCCUUGGGCGACGCUGUCAAGAACAUCGACAACAUCACCGGCGCCCUGGCCAAGCUGAGCGAGCUGCAUGCCUACAUCCUGCGGGUGGACCCGGUCAACUUCAAGCUGCUGUCCCACUGCUUGCUGGUCACUGUGGCCGCGCGCUUCCCUGCCGACUUCACGGCCGAGGCCCACGCCGCCUGGGACAAGUUUAUGUCUGUUGUGUCCUCUGUCCUGACCGAGAAGUACCGCUGAGCGCCGCCUCCCGGAUCCUCAGACCCGGCUGAGACCCCUC